AUGAGUGAGACGCAUUUGAACAUGGCAGGUUCAAGCUCAAGUCUGGAUCAACUACCCGAUGACGUCCUUCUCAGGAUUAUAAUAUUCUUGCGGAACAUGAGACCGACUUUAGAUCCCAGGAGAGAAGAACGAGGUAGACAAAGACCUAAUAUGCUUUUGAUUCUCAUGCGAGUAUCUGCCCGUCUUCACAAUCUCAUCGUCCCUUAUGUUUACACUUCCUCGGUGAUCAUCACCGCACCAGCAACAUUCUUUUACGGCAUCAGCCUAUCCGCUCCUAAGGGCUGUAUGCCCAAAAGAGAUAGGUUAAGAUUAAUCAAAAGCGUAACCUUUGCUUUUCCAUUCAAGGUAUCAAGUGAUGAUGUACAUUGGGAAGAUAUCAUAUUCUAUCCUCAAGCGGAGAUGGUCCUCAAGCGAUAUAUCGAUGCUUUGGAACAAGUCGAACAAUCGUUAAGUACACUUAGAAAUCUCAAUUUCGAUGGAGUUAGAAAGUUAAUGACCAACGUGGAGAAAUUGUCGAUUGAGCCCAUGCAGGAAUGGCAAUACGAGAAGCAUCAUAGUCUGAUCAAUCCAAAAAUAGUAAAAUGGGGAAUCCAAGAAUGCUGGAAUGAAAGGGUUAAUUACCUACUAGAUAAUCGAUUUCGAAUUCAAGAUGAAUUCAAGGAAAUGAUUCCCGAGAUCAUGAAUCCAAGACAUGUUUGUAAUCAUUCUCCUCUUGGACCAUAUUCAUAUCCAUUGAACCUGUCCUCCGAGCCGACAUCGAUACCUAUCACAUAUAGCACAGACAUAGGAAGGGAAUAUAUCAGAUACAAAUUACCUAUUCCCAUUUCACCUCGUUCGACUACCCGCUUGAUUAUCCAGGAAGAGACGAUUAAGCAUUUCAAACCCAAGGAAGAUUGGUUUCUUACCCAGCAAGAUAUCGAUAUCAUCUCGUUUCAAGCUUUCAUAAAGUGGUUUAGAGCUUCGCUUACCAGGGCAAUACAAGCGGUGUCCUAUGGUGGGCGACAUAAGGAUAUGACCGGACAGACUAGAGUGGUCAUUCACGUUCCUACCAGUCUGGCCAUCCUCAAAGUCGUCGUUGGAAGAUUACGUACUUCGGUCGAGGCUCACGCUGAUACCAUGGAAAAGGACGGAAUUUACGAAGAGCUGGGUAAAUGGAUGAUCGGUAAGAAAAGAUCGGGAUUCAAGAGUAGAGGUAUCAAGGUUGAUAUGGUGACUUGGGAUGAGAAGGGGAGAUGUCCUGCUUGUGAUGGUUGA